AUGGCAAGAUCAACCACGCGACGGGCACGACGGAGGUGGCAAGAGGCGGAGCUCCAACACUUGUGGCCCUGGAUGAAGGAGCAAGAACAGCAAGGGACCACAUGGAAGGUCCGAGAACAGAACUGGCUCAAGGACAUUGGAACCCGGAGAAGCGGCCCGGCCAUCCAGGCGCAGUGGCAUCGCCAAACCCGCAAACGCCCGCUCUCGGGGCAUGCUGAAGACGACGGCAAUGUUCGAGUGCAGACGAUCCCCGCCGAGCCAUUGCGAGUGCCGUCCACACAACAGGAGGCCGCCGGGCCCGCGUCACCCGUGACCAGCAGCUCGCCCCCGCGCUCGGAGACCGUGCGGCCAUCCUCGUGUACCGAUCCUGCCCCGUCCGGGAACGAUGAGAUCCCCCCGCCGAUCGAAGAGAGGUUCUGGUCCUUGAUCCAAUUCGUCGCCACCGUCUGGGAACCAAAAGGUGCGAAGGCGCGACAGAGCGCCACGCUCCAGGGUCCAGGCUCGCCGGGAUGUGCCAAUCCCGACCUCGGUGCGAAUUGGGUCUCGAAGAACCGAUUAGAACCGCUUGUUAUGCCGUUGCUGCUGUCCGAGUCUUAG